GACCGCCAAAUGCCAGCCCCCCCCCUCUCCCCUCUCCAAACAUUGCAGGGACUCCCGACACUUGUGGCUGAAGGAUUUAAGGGGCUGAGCCCUCCGUCCCCGGGCAGUUUGCCUGCGUCCCCUGGCCGGAGCCACCUUAAAAAGCCACUUGGCUGCUUUGUGUCCGGCUGGCAUUUGGGAAUCUCCUGAGCCCUUUCCGAGGAGGGGGGGCUGGGGCUCAGGGGGGAUCUGAGACCGACCUCAGAGGACCAGCCAACGAGAGGCGCCCCUCCAUCGUCCAGCUACACCUGCGGCCCCCCACUUCGGCUCACCUGCCUGAGGAUGCUCUGGUUUUCCAUGCUCCUGCAAGGGGUCUCCUUGGCUUGGGCAGCCGGCAGAGAUUCUCACUGGACCUAUGAAGGGGCCCAUGGACAACAACACUGGGAGGACAGUUACCCCGACUGCGGGCGGAAAGCGCAAUCCCCCAUCAAUAUCCAGAUGGAGUCAGCCCAAUAUGACCCGUCCCUGCCUCCCGUGGAGCUUGAGGGAUACCACGGCCCUGGAAGCGAGAACCUGACCCUGGAAAACAACGGCCACACAGUGCAGAUGUCCCUGCCCCAAAGGAUGCGCUUACACGGCCUGCCCAGGGUCUACUCGGCUGUUCAGCUACACCUCCACUGGGGCAGCCAGAGACACACAGGGGGGUCGGAACACCUGGUGGACGACCGGGCCUUCCCUGCGGAGGUCCACGUUGUUCAUUUCAAUUCAGACAAGUAUGCCAACCUGGACGAGGCGAAAGACCAGGCGGACGGGCUGGCUGUGUUGGGCAUCUUUCUGGAGGUUGGCAACUCGGAGAACCCGGCCUACAACCACAUCCUUGACAACUUGGAAGAUGUGGAGCAUGCAGACCAGGAAAUCUCUCUCUUGCCCUUCAACAUCCGCGACCUCCUUCCUGCACACUUGGGCCACUAUUUCCGCUACAACGGCUCUCUGACGACCCCGCCGUGCUACCAGAGUGUGCUGUGGACCGUCUUCCACCAGGCAGUCCCCAUCUCCGCCACCCAGCUGGAGAGACUGCAGAAAUCGCUUUACUCCACAGAGGACGAGACUCCGCAGCUGCCUCUCGUGGAUAACUUCCGGAGGCCACAAGACGUAAACGGCCGCCCGGUGCUCUCCUCCUUCCCAGCAGGACCCUCUGGAUAUUCUGCAGGCAAGAUCGUGGCCAUCAUUUUCGGGGUGGUUUUGGGCUGCCUCACCCUGUUCCUGGCUGGCUGGAUCAUGGCAAAAAGAAUACGGUGAGACGCAGGUGGACACGGGAGGCUCCAUUCUUCCCACAGGAGGGAGAAGACCAUGCAAGAUCAGAAGGGCGUCGUCUUCAAGUCCUCAUUACCGCGACCCGCUACGGAUUGAGACCUUGGCUGACAUCUCACGUCCCCUUCUGCCAGCUUCCCUCACAAGAUUUUUCCGGUUGCAGUCGCAAACCACAACAGCUGCUGGAUGGCGAUCCGGCAAGGCAAAGAGAUCUCUGCCUCCAGCUCUCCCUCCUUCCUUGGAAGGAGGCAGAAAACGUAGCUUGGGGAUACAACCCAAGGGAGUGGGGAGGUGAACCCCAGUGGCUGCCUCUAUAAGGUGGGAGACCCUGGGGGCUCCUUAGCCCCUUCCCCCAAACACACGCAUGGCCUCCAUUUUGGGAAGGAUGCUGCAAAUGAGGGCAAACUCGGGCCAGGUACACAGCCCAGAUGGAGGAUAAGUAGUUCCUCCUCCUCCUCCUCCUCCUCCUCCUCCUCCUUCUGUAUCCCCCUUGAGGGGGUUAGCACUGACAUUUUCCUUGCCAAAUUUUGGGCAUUUUCAGGGGUAAGGUUGACAGCAUGCAUGUCUUCGGCAAUGCUGCCCAUCCACCGUUUCUUCGGUCUUCCCCGUGGGCAGUGGCCUCCAGGGUCAAAGUUUUGGGCCGUUUUUGCAACAGAUGUGCCCAUGCCACCCGGAGCCGUGUUUCCCUCAUUUCCUUUGCAACUGGUGUAAUUCCAAGUCUUUGUCGUAUGACCUCGUUUGCAACACGACGGAGGAUGAGUUUGCCGUGUUGAAAUCGAAAUGCAACAUCUCCACCAGCAUUGGCUGCAGUCUGGCCAGAGAAUUGUCACUUCAUAGUCUUGUAGCCGUCCGGUGGCCUUUCACACAUCAGGAAGUUUACAAUAAAGCGAUGCUUUCUGUGUAA